AUGUAUCAUUACACCUACGGCAGGAAGUCUGUCCAGGUGUGGAGGUCCAACCAGAAGGACAGGGAAGUGGCUGUGCAACCAACAGCAGGCUGCAAGAACACGGGGUAUUUUAUGUUUGAAUAUAAGGAACGAAGAAAUAAGAAAAAAGGAACGGCAAUGCAGGUCUUAGUCUACUUGAUCAUACUCUUUCUUUCAGUUCUAAAAGGAAGUGUGAUUUCUGAAAAUGCAAAGGCACCCACUGAUUACAAGAUGGUAAGACAGGGGCAAAGUCUCAUGCUGAACUGCACCUAUAACUGCUCGUCUGGAUUUGUCCGCGGCUCCUGGAGGACAGAGUCUGAUAUCUCUCCUUGUAACACAACUAAAAGUAAUGGCAGCCUUUGCACUGUGUCCAUCUGCCUAUCAAACAUUUCUACUCAAGACACAGCGAAGAACUACAGCUGCUACACAGAAGAUACAGAGGACCCUACGCUCACAAAAACAACAGUUCACACUAUUUUCCUUCGACUUCAAGCUCAAGACAAUGUCCCAAACUGGACAAGUAACCCAAACACUCUUCUUGAAAAUACAUCGCUUCCUACUGAAUCAGGGACUUCAAACAGAGGACAGUUUAAUGUAAUGAAGGUUUUGGCAGCGGUAACCGUCACAGUGGCCAUGGUUCUUGCAGCUUUGGCCGUCUUCUUGUGCGUAAAUCGCAACAAGCCAAUCUGGAAGGGUAGAGGGGAGCGUGUUGUGUCCACAUCAUGCUCAUCUCAAUCUCCAAAUGCAGUCCUCCUACCAGUAAAAGGGACGCUAUCAACACAGAGCGAGAAAAUAACCUUACGAAUUCCUCCGCCCGACAAUGAUGGGGACACAGAGGUUCCAUAUGCAGACAUAAUGAUCACCGUCCGAGGGGUCAGUACACCCGAGCUCACUAAGGUUGGCUACUUAGGAACAGGAGAGUGGCGGGGAGAUGAACCAAGAUGCCACCUGCAGGCCUCGCGUUCAGCUGACAGACUGCAUGUUCCCCAGCCCAGAGAGGUCAGCCGCAAGAUGAGCACCAACUCUGAGUAUGCGGUUAUAACAUAUGCCUGACCAUAAGCACUUCAGCCUUCCUUUCAUUGGACCAUGUGGUCCAGGAAGCAUCCACCGGACCUCGGUAAAUUUUCCAAUCACAUUUCAGAAACUUACAUUUAACUGUGUAAACCGUGAUUCAAAUACUCCUGCUAAUGCUUUUUGUAAGGUCUAUUCCAUCAAGUGCUGCUUAAAAUGCAGAGGUGAUAAAAUGCAAAUAGAGAGUAAUCAUGGACAACAAAGCACAUGUUCUUUCUUGUUUUGCUGAUGCUUUUCACUCUGACAACACCAGGCCUACAUAUGGACAACAUGGAUUAAGUGUAUAAAUUGAUACAGUUUUAAUGUAUUCUUUUUAUCUUCAAAUGGAUGAUUCUGAAGGACAAAUAAUUUGACUUGAGAAAAACCGUUUCGAAGAUGGUUUUGUACAAUUAAAAGAUAAACCCUGAACAAAUUCUUAAAGAUCAAAUCCUCUUUCUGCUGAUUUUGAGUUUCAAAAUGUUACAUUAAAAAAAAAAGAAGCUUGCAUUAAACCCUCACAACAUAAAAUGUUUGUGCCGAUCCCCAUGUAUUCUGAGUUGUCUUUUCUUGGUAUUUUGUAGAAGCAGCAUUUUGUUCACAUAACCUCUGUGCCAGGGAUACAUUAGCCUACACACAGCUAUUUCAGCACCCAGUAGAGGCUUAUUGUGCAGGUUUACUGCAAAGGGAGGAUGGAAAACAGAUACUUAUGCAUCUUCUCUGGUUAAGAUGUUGUAAAUGUUCUUGUUAGUCUUAUGCAAAAAAACCCAACAAAAAACAAAAAACAGGAAAACCUAUUUUGCUACAGCAGGUAAAGAGCUUAAAAUAAAACUUCUUGAAUAAGGAAAUCGAGCAAUUUUUUUUUUCAAAUCAGGAUUGUAUAAAUAAUCAGGAUUUUCUUUAAACAAAAUUGUGCCAAUCUGAUAACUGAAUAACUGCAGAAAAACCUAAC